AUGGAGGAGCAUACUGGUGGUGAUCAUAAUGGUGAUGAUCAUAAUGGUAGUGAUCAUACUGGUGGUGAUCAUACUGGUGGUGAUCAUACUGGUGGUGAUCAUAAUGGUAGUGAUCAUACUGGUGGUGAUCAUACUGGUAGUGAUGGUGGUGAUCAUACUGGUAGUGAUCAUAAUGGUGGUGAUCAUAAUGGUGGUGAUCAUACUGGUGGUGAUCAUACUGGUGGUGAUCAUAAUGGUAGUGAUCAUACUGGUGGUGAUCAUACGGGUGGUUAUCAUACUGGUGGUGAUCAUAAUGGUAGUGAUCAUACUGGUGGUGAUCAUAAUAGUAGUGAUCAUAGUGGUGGUGAUCAUAAUGGUAGUGAUCAUAAUGGUGGUGAUCAUAAUGGUAGUGAUGAUAAAGGUGGUGAUCAUAGUGGUGGUGAUCAUAGUGGCGGUGAUCAUAAUGGCGGUGAUCAUACUGGUGGUGAUCAUACUGGUGGUGAUCAUACAGAUGGUGAUGAUACUGGUGGUGAUGAUACUAAUGGUGAUCAUACUGGUGGUGGUCAUACCGGUGGUGGUCGUACCGGUGGUGACCAUACCGGUGGUGGUCAUACUGGUGGUGGUCAUACCGGUGGUGACCAUACCGGUGGUGGUCAUACUGGUGGUGGUCAUACUGGUGGUGGUCAUACCGGUGGUGGUCAUACCGGUGGUGAUCAUACCGGUGGUGGUCAUACCGGUGGUGACCAUACCGGUGGUGGUCAUACCGGUGGUGGUGACCAUACCGGUGGUUGUCAUACCGGUGGUGAUCAUACCGGUGGUGGUCAUACCGGUGGUGGUCAUACUGGUGGUGGUCAUACCGGUGGUGAUCAUACUGGUGGUGAUCAUACUGGCCGUGGUCAUACUGGCCGUGAUCAUACUUGUGGUGAUCAUACUGGUAGUGAUCACACUAGUUGUGAUCAUACUGGUGGUGUUAAUACUGGUGGUGAUCACACUAGUUGUGAUCAUACUGUUGGUGAUCAUACCGGUGGUGAUCAUACCGGUGGUGAUCAUACUGGUGGUGAUCAUAAUGGUAGUGGUCAUACUGGUGGUGAUCAUAAUAGUUGUGAUCAUAUCGGUGGUGAUCAUACUGGUGGUGAUCAUAAUGGUAGUGAUCAUACUGGUGGUGAUCAUAAUGGUAGUGAUCAUACUGGUGGUGAUCAUACUGGUGGUGAUGAUAAUGGUGGUGAUCAUAAUGGUAGUGAUGAUAAUGGUGGUGAUUAUAGUGGUGGUGAUCAUACUGGUGGUGAUCAUACUGGUGGUGAUCAUACUAUACUGAUGGUGAUGAUACUGACCGGUGGUGACCAGACCGGUGGUGACCAGACCGGUGGUGGUCAUACCGGUGGUGAUCAUACUGGUGGUAACCAUACCGGUGGUGGUCAUACCGGUGGUGACCAUACUGGUGGUGGUCAUACCGGUGGUGGUCAUACUGGUGGUGACCAUACCGGUGGUGACCAUACCGGUGGUGGUCAUACCGGUGGUGAUCAUACUGGCCGUGAUCAUACUGGCCGUGAUCAUACUUGUGGUGUUAAUACUGGUGGUGAUCACACUAGUUGCGAUCAUACUGUUGCUGGCGGCUCAGCGAGUUACCUGGAGAAUGGAGGAGUGAUAUCAGCGAGCAGACGACACGAAGUUGGGCGCUGGGUUCUGUUCUCUCCUCUAACCCACAGCUGGGCGCUGGGUUCUGUUCUCUCCUCUAACCCACAGUUGGGCGCUGGGUUCUGUUCUCUCCUCUAA